AGUAUACCUGGAAAAAGUAUAUUCGUUAGGAUAGUACGUGAAAUCAUGGUGUUUUAAUCGGUCGUAAAAAUUAAGUAAUUCGAUUUAACUGAUACGCCGGGUAUUCAUAUGAUACAUUUCGGUCAUGGCCACUACGACUUCGCCAAUUAAAAUAUACGAACUAUACGAAACGAGAGAAAUGGACGGAUGUACGACUUUCCUAACAGUGCGCGUAGCGCGUAUAUUCCCCUAAUUACGACGGAGAAUGUCUCGAGAGAGCUGCAAGAUGACGUCUAUGUAAUCUAAUCGAUGAGUAAGUUUGCCCGCCGUUCUAACUGAUUAGCUUUUCCAUUAAAAUUCAUCAAAGUAAAAUAAACUUUAAGGUUACAACCUUAAUUCCUAAUCUAUUCACCAACCUAACCCAAACUGCAACGUCAACGAUGCAUCCCAGAGAGAUAAGCCUAUCGUCCAUCUCGCUUCCAUUGACCCUAAAAGUUAUGAUAACCGGACAGCAUCGAAACUGCUACAUACAAUGAGCGAGUGUUCGGCGAGAAGAUCAUCACGGAGGAUCGUCGAACACGAGAAAUGGAUGAACUGCUAUUUCCGAAAGUUGGCGUCGCUUUACAGAAGGUCGCCGUGUCUGUGGAAGAAAGACACGCGGGGUUAUUUGGACAGCGAGUACAGACAUCGUGCUUAUAGUCGCAUUCAUCGAGCCAUGGAGUUGCCGGGGGUGACUUUCGUCGAGAUAGUCUUGAAGAUUCGCGAGAUGCGCCGCCUCUACGUGAACGAACUAAAAAGGUUGCUGGAAGCCAAGUCGUACGGCCGUUGUUACGAGAUCUCGCUACCAUGGUUCUACAAUUUGCAUCAAUUUCUCUACCCGUACCUGGAUUACGACGAGGCAGUCGAGUUGCAUGUAAAGUGUCACGAAUUUACAAUCUGCGGAUUACAUAGCACAGCAUCGAGUGACGAUACUUGCGACACUGGCUCGGAUCAGUUGGAAACUUUCUCGAUGACUGUGACACGUUGUCUCAGGAAGUUGGAUAAACCGUAUGCGCUUAAAGCGCAGGCAGAAAUUCAACAAAUCUUGGAGAAUAUGCUGAUAAAAUCAAAGUUCACCGAAAAGGACUCGUUUACGCGAAUCGUCCUACGAUUUGUGAUAAAACGUAUUCCGAGAUCCAAAGCAAGAUCCAGCACGGAACUUAUUGAAGAAAUCCAACGUUCGAUCGCCACCUCCCUCCGUUCAUGCAUAGCAGCGCGCGGAUGGUAUCGAUCCGACUUUGGUAGACCGCAGCGUUAUGAUUAGUAUUCAGCGAGUGUCGCAGUCGGCCGGUCGGACAAGGACGAAGAUGGCAAGAUUUGCUCUGGCAAAACGGAGGAUGCGUGCCACACAGCCUGUCCCUGAUAACAGGUUAUCCUUUGAUCGAACCCCCUCUCGCAAAAAGUCCACGUUCCUGCCGUUAUUGCUACUAAACCGAAACGCGAUCGGACGAAGUCGCGUUAAUCCUCAAAGCGAAUCAUCGAUUAAGGGAUUAUCAAAGGUUGUAUCGAAUCUCAUUCGCCGUCGACAACGAAUCGACGCAUUGGCCUGGCUUCGAGAUCGAUUAGUCGAUGAAAAGAGUUCCGUUCGGAAUCUUCAAGUUUUAUAACAGGACCUCAAAAAAAUCGACGUACUUUCAACAACUCGAGCCUUCGACUUUGCAAGUGGAAAUUCUUGCCAGCAAUUCGCAGCAAUUUUUCGUGAAAAAACAAGUUGGUGAGCGGCGUGGCAAUAAAUCCAAAGAGCUAGCAGGAUUAAGCUUCGCCGGAAACUAUUUUGCGCACCGCGAGGCAAAAGGAACACGGGAAAACCCGGAGAUCUGUGGAUAGUCUAGCGAGCAGUCGAGAGGACCUAGAACGAACGGGCAACAUUUAGACCAAUUCUCAAAAUCCCCUUGAUACCCGAUGAAACAGGAUUCGAGUGUGCUUGGUCGAAAGACCUCCCAACGCGAUGACCGAACGACUCGCAACUACCUGGCCUGUCUCUCGGCGCGUUUCAAAUGAAAUAAUUGUCGGAACAGUUGAACACUCUCGGCGACAUUUAACGCGGAACAUGUCUAAUUCAUUGGAAACUGUGGUACACCGCUAACAAACGUCCAGAUCGUUUCCAAAGCGCACCUGGUUGCGCCAAACGAAGGCUGAUCGAACUUCGCGAAUCCUGUUAACACGUGGCUUUUCGCGAUCUAACAGCUGCAACUCGAAAUACGAUUUUUAUCGUGGAAGGGACAUCAAAGCGAAUUCCAUCGUUCGCCAAGCGGAAAGGACGAGCAAGGAAAAGGGGUAAGAGAGAGAAAGAGGGAGAGAGAGAGAGAGGCAAAGGCGGACAAGGUUAACGGCGCAAGGAGAAAUAGUCGAGGCGAUUGGUAAGUGGCGUUUCCGGCCGAGAGCGGCGUAAUGCAGUCCCAUUAGGUUCGGCUUUGACCGGUAUAACGCGCAUUAACCGUAUUCACAGGCUCUUAUUACUUACUGUGAUCGAGCUCGUCGUGUUCCAUGAGGUAGCCGGUCGCGUUGUAGAUGUGAUGGUCGGGUUUAGCGGUACUGGUGACCGCAGCUCCACCCGUUACUGUCGUGGACGGAUUAGUCGGAAUUGCUGUGCUAGCGCUAAUCGCGGCUGCGACCACGCUAGGUGGCGACGAGGACAUCGUUGAUACGAGAUUCAUCGUGCCCGUCGAGGUCUCAACCUCCGUCGCGUUCAGUUCACUCGUCAUUGUUCUACCGUGAAUGUCCAACCCUAUGCUCGCAUAUCGCUUCUCUCGAAAAUUUACGAGUCGAGUAUAACCGCAACGCCGUUAUUAUUCCAAGGCUUACCGAACGGUGCUAACAGGAGGUCAUCGGUUCGAUCGAUCGGUCGAGACGGUCUGUCGUCCGAUGGACGCGAUCCAGCAUCCAAUUUGCAAUUACUAUUCAAUUUAGAUUUAAGCUACGCUGAUUAGAUCGGUUCGCCGCACGACAACCUCUUCGAGUUCAGGGAUGCAAACGAACUGAGACCGAGUCGACGGACCUGAAAUCGAGUUUCUUGCCACGCGAAUCCGGACUUCCGUGCUUUGCAUCUCUUCCACCGGUUGAUAGGCGAAACCGAAAUACGCGAUCCGAACACAAUUAUAGCUCGACCAAUGUCAUUCAGCCUGAACUCCUUCAAGACUACCAGCUAAUUGGAUUCACCGACGUUCUACCAACCAAUUAACCAACGAUCGUUCACACCUCGGUACACGUACAAACAACUUGAAUUAACGAGCUUCUACGAUACGAUCCACCAAUUUCUACGGUCCACCGAUAACGUAUGGAAUGUCCCUGUUCGUUCGGAUCUAUCAGGACAACGAUCGUAAAUAGUUAUUGUACGAGAACGAAGGAAACCUUUGUAAUUUUUAGCCGACCUGUCGGUGAUUUCUCACCCCUGACUGGCUUUCGCGAGUGGAUUAAAGCCGACCAAAGGAAGAAAUCCUGGCAACCGGAAUGAGAAACUUAUUUGCUCCUUGUCUAUGUUGCCCUCUAUGUUUCUCUCUUCGUGAAUUCAGCAGACGAUUGUUCCACGGUUCAAUUUCACCGGUGUAGAAGACGAUUUUGUUGGUAUUUGUUAGCAGCCAACCGAGUGUCGCUCAUUCUCGCUCUGCUUUCCUCCCGAGAGAACCGGCUUCUGAAACAGAAAAAAGGAAGUCCUUGUAGUGGAUUGCCCGUGUAAUUUCAUUUCCUGCGGGGGAAUUCAUCGACCGUUGUAAGAUUACUCUCGUAGCAGUUAGGGGAAGGGGGCGUUAAAGGGCGCGUUUCGAAGGAACCGUACAAUCCGUCGCGCGAUUCCCGAGACCGUCUCGACUUACGGUUUACGGUUUACGCGCCUCCGUCGCGGCGACUUGCUCGGUCAUUACCGUCGUUAAAUGCGCCAUGCUCGAGAGAAAUCUUUUUCAAGGUCAUUUCACGUCGGUUCAUCAUCUCUAGUGUUUCUGUGUCGCCUCCAUCCUCCUUUUAUCGUCCAUAAAGUACCAUCGAGGCACCGUUUCUAGCUGCUCUGCGUCAUUACCAACGCCAUUACCAUGCUUUUUUCUUUGCGACAGUCGUUGAAUUAUGUAACGAUAACUAUGAAAAUCGCAUGGGCGCUGUACGAUAAGCCCGUGUAGUCGAAACAGGAAAUAAACUCCUAGGUUUAAAAUUACGAGACUUUUAAAAUGAAAUAAUAGAUCGAGCAAGUUUGAAAAAAAAAUGCUUAAUCCCAAGAUCAAGUAGAACGUGAAUUUCGUUUAAAUGGGGUCGAUUCAAUGUUCCAAAUUAUUAAAUUCCUUUCCUGUUAAGGGCGAAAAGGAUAACUUAUGUUUUUGCCCAUGUACUCUGCGUAUCGAAUAAAUUCCAUGAAUGAAAUUCUGUAAUACAUAUGAAACACACGACUGUCAUAUUCCACUCCCACACCCGCUUCUGAACCCCGUCGAUAAAUUCUGAAGCUUCCGGCACUCUUCAUCUCGGCCCACUUCCAUUCACCCUCUCAAAUCUGUCUUUGUCCUCGUGACCGUAUCUUUCAGCUUCCCCUAGGCUUCUUUUCCGCUUUCGACUCGUCUUAUAAGUUCUCUACGUACGCAUCUACGAAAUAUUUUAAACGAGAGUAAUCGCGAUGAAUCGUGUCAGGAUGAAUCGCGCGAGGAAUACACGCAAGACGAGCUUGAUUUUCCGCCGACGACGCUGAUCAGUAAUAGAUCAAUUUGGAAUUCAAAGCAGCUAGGGAUAGACGAUUUUGAAAUAUAUCGUCCUAUAAUCACAAUAGCUUUUCGCAACGCGAGCAUACCCGAUAAUUAAACUUGGCCGAUAGUUAGCGCUGCAUUGUUCCGCUAACAGUUUUCCGGGCAUGCAGUAAUUAUUCAUAAGCGUAAGUUCGUAAUGAACGUAUGCACGCGCGUUCUCGGCCAAGCUUGAAUUUCGGUCACCGUAACCAACUUCGGUGACCCUCUGUUUUCCAAUUUUCAACAAACCUUCGUUUUCCCACCGUUCUCAUUUCGUGAACAUUUCGCGCAAUUUUCACCAAAUUUUCACUAAAAUCACCUACCGUUACCGGAACCGUGAAAAAAAGCGCAGUUGCUACGGAAAAUUGGCAGAAAUUGGACUUUCUUCGACUAAUAAAAGUCGGAGAACGAAAGGAAAACCCUCGACGCACAAUUUCAUUGGAUAUUUAAUAUCGAUAAUUGGCACUCUAUGUCCGUGGCGAAGCAUCGUUAACACGAGCCAUCGGUAGUUCGAACACGACUUCGCAUUAAUUGGCACGGCGCAUUGAAAUUGCAACUGCAGUGCGGUUGCCUCGAGGACACUCCUGCGAGCUCGGAGGCGUCGUCGCAGGAUACAAUCGCCCGCCAGUUCGGUUGACAUCGUAUAACGAACUCGAGUUCAAUCUUAACAACGUAACGUAACAAGCAACACAGACGAGAUUAUUAAUCGAAUUGAAAAGCGAUUCCGUCGACAUUCCAACAAAGUUACCGUCAUACGCGCGUAGCUUUCUUUCUCAUCUUUUCGAUGAAUGCCCGAAACACCGACCACGGCUAAUAUAUCACACUUCUGGGUAUAAACGUUCGCCGAUUGAACGAUAACAGGUGAGUAACAGCGAUUAUGCGACGCCCUGUGUAUUUUCGCGACCUCUUUUAUCGUCAUCCCUCAUUUACCUCGACGCGCAGAAACUUCCAAGAAUAUCCGAUGAACGUGACGUCUUCGGCCUGGAAAUUAUUUUCCAGGUAGCAGCUCCUUGUACAAACUAUGACCGAGUCAAAUUACGUUCAGCUAGAGUACGUUCGUGGAAAGUCUCUAGCGUACUGGUUCAUCGAGGAGCGUUAGAGGGUGAAGAACAUUCAACGUGCAAAUUUAUGGAAGGAAAAACGAAAUAUUCUCUUUGUCGCGGUGCAAAGGAAACAAAAAUUUCCGACGAGCAGCAGUCGCGUAAUCAACGGGAACGUUGCCUAGCUGUCGCAAUCAACGGUGAAAUCGCGGAACCGCAGAAACGUAGGUGCCCGUGAGCCGAGAUUUUAAUGAAAAUUUACAUUCACCGCCGGUGUUCCCGGAAUGCCUGUCAGACUCGGUGAGUCGUGCAUCUUCCCGAGAAAAUCAGCUUAACUCGGUUACCGUGUGGGAAGAAGAUGAUUCGCGAUGUGGUUGCUCGUAAGUGGACGAAGGGUCGAACAGGCGGGCAAGACGCCUUCGAGAUUCGUUCUCUCGGUUCGACGAACAUCUGGCUGUUAUAGCGGUUUAGUGAUUCUUAUGUAAUGCGGCUUCCCCAAGAUCGCGAUGCCGAUUUGCAUAAUCGAACUCGCCCGUUUGGUCUCCCAUGCUACUAACAGUCACGCCAGCUAAACGCAGUUUCGGCAUCUGCGGCGUUAAUAAGAAACUUUCUCGACAUUAAUUCCAUUAGGUUCGUUUAAUCGAGGCCAUGGCAGCGACUUUCGCGACUGUCUGUUUUAACAGCCCGCACAGAAAUACCGAUCGGCUUGGCCUAAGAGACUAGGUAAGUAAAUACGAAUUUCUAAGGGCACCAGAAGUCGUCGACUCGUUAUUAGUUCAUUACACAGAGCUAGUUAAUUUACUCCGAGUCUAUCGACCAUUGCGUGGAAUAAAUUUCGCGAGCUUACCCGCUGGGAAGAUGGCGAAACAUUUUGGACUUUGAUCUUCGAUACUGCUCCGAGGCAGGAACACGCUUUAUAAUUAACUUUUGCCGGAGUUCCUUUUGCAUCUCGAGUUUCAGCCGACGCUCGUUAGUGGACGGAGAACGGCACUCGCCUCGAUUAACUAUUUCCUUGUCUGACACCGAUCGGUGAAUCUAUCAUUGAAAAAAAUCUUUGGUGUAAAGCGAAUUUUAUCUGUGAGUUAUAGCAUGGCAUGAUAAUGAUAAUUUUCGGCAACAGAAGAGCUGAAAAUUCGAUGAUUUUAUAAUUAUCGUCUUGACGAUCGAUCAAAUUGUUGGUACGUUUAAUCAGCCGACAAGUUUUUGAUCAAUCGCCCAUCGUGUUACUACACAAGCUACGCGGCAAAUAACGAAUGAUCAAUUAAAUUACGCGACCUUUGCCAGUUUAAUAGCCCUAAUUACUAACUUAACGGACUCAAUGCGCUCUCCUUGUACAAUGAAAAUCACGCUUGUACGGUCGAGAUAAAAGCUGGCUCUAGUCGAUAAAUUUCUGCCAAAGCAUGCUUAUUUAAUCGUAUGCAUUUGUAAAAAGCUCGCGCGUAUAGAAACCGAUCAACCGAUCAAAAGCAAAGCAGAAUAAUGAAUUUCGUUAGGCUAUUUGGCAUUCUAUACAGAUUCUGUGCUAUAGCAUAGUUAAUCAAUUCUGUAACCUACUUGAUAAUGUUCUAUAUACUACGCUAUCACAAUACGUUAAAAUAAAUAGCCUGUUAAACGAAAAAUACAAACUUUUGGCGAUUUUGUUGGAAAAA